AUGCGCAUGAUGAAUUCGCGGGUUCGCGAAUCCCUCGGCUCGGCGCGCUCGUGCGCGCGGGCGCCAUUUUCUUCCGAACUUUAUGUAAACUCCAACUUCUUCGGUGGUCCCCGUACGGCCAAUAGCGCAAGUGCUGCUUUGGAUGAACUGUGCAAUGCAGUAGUGGGGCCCCCGACCCGCGAUCGGGCCGGAGUUCAAAGCACCACCGGCAAAUUAAGUAGUAGUAACCCCAUAUCAGUUCGAUGGAGUUGCCACUCAUGGUGUUUCUAUAUGAACGCUUAUUCAUGUAAUAUCGCCGUUGUGGGGUGGUAUCAGCAAAUGACUUGGAUAGGAGAGAGGAGCAGGGAAGAUUCGAUGUAUUUGAAAGGGAUUAAUUCCCCGAAUUCUAAGCCGCCAGCGAACGUUGCAAGCUCGACACAUGAGGUGCAUGCAGUAGUAAUUGACAUGACGCCUCCUAUCAAUUCCCCCAGCUGGUUCCAUCAGACCGUACAUGGAUGUAUCGUCGCUACUGGUGAUUCCAUAAACAUCAACCUGCAGACCAACUACGCAUCAACUCCAUCCAUCAUGGGAACGAGCAUUUCAAUUGAGUGCAUGGCUCAAAUCGAUGGGCAUCACAUUUUACAUUCCGCGCGCCGUUUCCGCUCAGCCCUCCACCCAACCCCCGCCUAG